CCGAAGAGGACAUUUUAAGAGUGCCUAGUGAAAAGGAAAUAAAAGAAUCAAAGCGAUUAGAAGCCUCGAGAACGAGUUCAGGAAAAGAAAAUUCGGGAGAGUCACGUCAAUCUUAUCAAACUUUGACGUUUCCCGGAAAUACAGAAAUUAAUACCAAUCUUAAGGAUAUGCAAUAA